CAGAGCAACUCCUGCUAAAAGAAGACUCUCACUUAAAACGUGCCGUGAAGAAGAACAAGAAGUGCUUAACUUAGAAAGAUGAAGUGCAGAAUCCCAGUCACCGUGGCUGUCUUUUUCCUGGCUCUGACUGUUCUCUCUGAAGGCAUUGAGCUGCGCUGCCAAUGCAUUAAUAAGGAGUCCCGUUUCAUUCAUCCCAGACGGCUUCUUAACGUUGAGCUGUUCCCCAGUGGGCCACACUGCAAAGACGCAGAAGUCAUUGCAAGUUUGAAAAAUGGUGAGAAAAUCUGCUUGGAGCCAACUGCCCCCUGGGUAAAGAUCAUCAUCAAGAAGAUUUUGGAAAGCUCCCUGCCAAAGUGAAAAGAGCGAACCAAUAACAAGAUCAUCGCAACACUCAGCUAAUGGCCCUUAUUUAUUAACCUGUAUAUAAGUAUUUAUUGAUAACUUAUUUAUGAAUACUAUGCACUAAUUUAUGAGUUAGAAUUGUGCCAUAUUGACACACAGCUGGCCUGUACAUUAUAUAUAGUAUAUAUAAUUGUAUAUAAUGUGUAUUAUUAUAUAAUAAGAAUGAUUAUGAAAAAUGAAAUGGAGAUGAGCACUGCUGGGAAUAACAUAAGUGAAAUGUUAACAUGGCAAUCUACUGUUAUGUUUUUUGGAUUUGUAUUCUAUAAGAUCAGAAAUUUGUUUAAUGAAGUAAAGCACUUUUCAGUAAAAUGCAUCUCUGAAUCUUUUAUAUUUCUACAAAAAGGACAAAACUGAAGCCUAAUUAACUGGUCAAAGAUGUAGCACUUUGUUGUGUAAAUUUACUGUAUUGGUUUUAUCGAUACAACAAAAUCUGACUAAAUGUGAAAUUUGUUCUUUCACUAUUUUAUAUAAGUGAGCACAGUAAUUGUGAUCAGUUUUAUUUAUAUAUGCAGUUUUGCUAAUGUUUGUGAAAUGUUAUUUUAUUG